GAAUGUCUGUUACACAUAACCGCAAUUCUCACUGCUUGUGCUUUUGAUAAGAGAUUUUUAAUGUUACUAUGCACAAGAGUAUGCCUAGAUGGUUAUGCGUAUUCCAUAAAAAGGCACGAAGCUGACAUUUUCUCAACCUUUACCUCUCUGCUCACUCAGAAUACUGACAAAGAUGUUCUUCCAUUCAGCCAAGGCUUAAAAAAGGCCUGAAACUUCUUUGUGAACAUCAACGCUUUUGUUUUUAAGAAGCAGAUAAAGUAUGGCUUAGAUUUUUUUUCUCUCUGAAAUAAGAUUAGAUGCACUUCAUCUUGUAUAUUGAAAGGAAAGAUCAUCACCUCACACAUCAAGAGUAAUUAGCAGAUUGUUUGUUGUGUUGAAGUGCCCUUAUGUUACUUAUUUCAAACAUAUGAGUACAGAGAAGUGUAUACUUGUAUGAAGCUCUGAAGCAUGAUACAGAAUUUGAUUGUAGGCUUGUUUGUGCAUGAAAUGUCUUAUUUGCCAUGUGCCAAGAGGCUUCCUUUUAAACUCGCUGUUGCUGAGACAAAUCGCUGGAAUGCAUCCAAGAGUUCAUUAUUAUUCUUUUUUCUUUUUUUUUAAACUUCUCUUUUUGCUAAGACUGUUUGUCACCACCUUCUAUUUCCAUCUGCUUGUGGGAUUAAUUAUGUAGUCCUCACCAGUCUGCUUAAGUAGAUUAUCGUCUUUAUGGAGCAUGUAAUGAAAUCUUUGAUGGCGGAUCAUUUUGGUAGUUUAUUUGCAUUUGUCAUUUUUGUGCACACUCUGGAUUUAUAAGACCAUUUCUUUUAUAUGGUGGAAAGAGAUUUUUUUCUCUCUCUCUCUCUCUUUUUUUUUUUUUUUUUUUCUUUUUAUUGAAUCAUGAAAGUCAGACAAGCUCCAAAUUAGGGUGAGGACACUUGAAACAAAUGCCUUUAUUUUUUAUUGAAAAUAGUGUCAUUUAUCUCAGGUACAGCUUCUCUCAACAUGUGUGGCAUCAUGACUCUAUAACAUAUCAUUAUAUUACAUUACAUUUGCGAAAUAACUCAUUAUGUUAUUGAUAUUUCUUGAUAUUGACCAUCACAUUGUGCUUUGAGGGUCAAUGAUGUCACUGAUAGGGACACAUGAGAGGCUGACAAUAUGUAAACAUCAUUCGUUAAUUUAAUUUCUAGGCAGUGUAAAUCACUUGGCUCUCUGGGUGGAUGGAGCUUCCCUUGCCUACACUUUCACUCCCAUUGCAUGUGAAUGGAAGCAAAGGGAGGCAAGCAUUUAUCAAAGAAAUAUCUGGUAUGCAUAAUUAAGACAUAUAAAACAUUUGUGUGAUUGACAAAAUCCUGUAUUAAUAAUAAUGCUGAAUGGUUCCACAUUCCCAGUGGGUAAAUAAAUAUUUUAGAUAAGGAAAUCAUUACUUUACAAUGCUAAAGAAAUAAAACACAAUUUAUAGAUUCCAUUUUGAUGAAUUUGAAAGCCUUACCCAGUUAAUGGACAUUAUAUGGUCUUUAAAAAAAUAAAUUGUUAUUAUAUCUUAAUUUUUUGUUUGCAUUGCAAAAGAUCAGAUUACAUCUGUGUUACCUGCUGGUUUACGUACCAAUAACUGAUGCACAUUUAACAAAAAAAAAAAUCCAAAGUACAUAAUUGAACAAAAGUGUAUAUAUUGAUUUAUUUUGUACACAUUGGUGUCAUUGCCCUUCACCGGCUCUGUGUGUUCAGCAGCAUAUGAAGUGCCUGUGGGAUGAGGGAGACAGUUUCUCACAAAGCUCCCCCAGUCUUCUUAGGCCAGCUGCAUUCGUGGCAUCUCUAGCCUCAACACCUCUUUUUACAACGCCAUCCUCCUAUUCUUACAUGUAUCUUAAUGCGUCCCACAUUUACUGCGCCACCAGUAAUGCUGGGCUUUUCUUUUGUUUGCUAGUACAGAUUUUGUAUGUCUGCUUUUAUGAUGGCCUUAUCAGAAAUCCGUAAUAGCAUCAGCAUAGGUUUAAAAUGUACAGGAAACUGCAUGAACUUGUAAAAGAAGGCUUGUUUGCUUUGUCAAACUGUUUUUUCAGGUUAACCACAGCGAGUAUCAGUGUCUGUGGCAACCUGACCUGGAUUUAAGAAGCUAUUAUAAUAAAUGCUGACUGUCUGCUGUCAAAGCCUUGAGUGGCAUGAGUCAGAAAACACAAAAGAUAAUGUAUCAAGAAGGUUGGAUUGUUGGGCUGGUGACAUUUUCUCAUUAUGUUUUCCUUUCCUUUCCCUUUUUGAUGAAUAAUUUACAUUAUUUUCUUGGAUGUAGUUUAUAUUACAAGGUACAGAUCAUUUGAGUGGCUGGUGCUCUGAGGCUGUCCAGCCUCAUACCCAUUUUGGUCAAUAUUCUUAUAGAAAUCUAUUAGACCACCUUUCCAAACCACACACACAACCCCGUAAUCUCUAAUUUGUUCCUUUUUGUUUCACUGUGUCGACUUCUCUGUGGGAGGGUCCGAGCCAGCUAAAAUGCCUGGCAACUGUAACCAAGGGGCAGGGAUAGCCAGGCUUGGUCACUGCCAUGUUUAAGUGAUUUGUGGAAAAGAAAAAAGGGAAGAAAUAACAUGAGGACAGAAAGAAAUUGGGACAAGGAGCUAUUGGAGAAAUGAGAGGGAUAAACACCUUUUGAAUGAGGAAUCGAUCAUCUUGGAUGUCUGUUUCAAGGAAGAUCAGGGAAGAGUCAGGGAGAGAGAGAGAGGCGGACAGGCAUGUUUAAGGAGUUGAAAGAGAAGCAGGACCUCAGGUGCAGCCCAUAGGGAAGGCGGGGAAAGUGUGUGCAUGUGAACGAGAGAGAGAGAGCGAGCCUGGCAGCAAGGGAGGGAGCGUGUGAAAAAGAGAGGCGCGAGCAAGUGAGUGAGAGAGAGAGAGAGAGAGAGAGACUGAAAGGGGAGAGGGAAGUGAAAGCCACUCACAGCAUCUCUUUCCCACUGCGCCAGCGGUCCAGGGCUGCUUAUCACCUCUGCGCUGCUGCUUCUCCAUGUAAUUGUUUUUGUUAUCGGUUUUCUUGAUAAUCCUUGUUUUCCUGUUUACUUCAUUCUUAUCAUCGACCUGAAUUUUUCUGGUUACUUUUUCCCUUUUUGCUGAAUUGAAUCUUUGGGUACAUACAAGAAAAGGACUUGUAUCAGAUUGCUGGAACCGCUGAUUGAAGACAAUGACAGCAGUACCAUUCAGACGCUUUACCUGUAUCUCAGACAGAUGUUUUUUUCCCCCAGUGUCAACGUGUGUUGCUUAAUGAAGUUCUACUGACAGAAAAAGGAGGAAUAUCAAUAGGGAAACUGCCGCAUAUGGACUUAAGAAAAACUGACAGGUGACUGAAUCCAGGCAUACGUAAUGAUCUUUGCACACUGAAAACGGGAUAACAGGAUAUGCAGAGAUUUUGGGCACCUGGGAAAGAACCUGUUUGGAGAAAUAUGGAAUGCCUAUGUAAUGGCUAGGUAUCAAAACUUAUCACGAUACCUGAAGAGAUGAUUUUACCUCAUGAGACCUUUUUGAAAUGGUCUCUCCAAAAAUAUGGCCUUUUAAUGUUUUUCAUUUCUGUCGUAUUCGUAAGGUGAAAUUCAGGAAAAAGUAAGUGAAUUGGUAGAAAACGGACCUAAACCGUUCUGAAAUUUUGAUCGUUUCCAUUUUGCUCCAUCUGUGGACAUUAAACACUGUGGUUUUGAAACACUGUGCAGAAACAACACAAGCUGCCAUAGUGUAUUCUGUGUUUAUCUACAGUGUGCCUAGGUUUGGAUUUUGAAACAAUCGAAAGGUCACAGCUGGGUCCAGGUUUCAGCCGUGAGGUCCUCUCCGCAAACGCCACAUUAAAAACCUUGCACAUGUAUUUGUAUCCAGACAAGGAAUGUGCUGAAUCCAAUGUAACUUUCAGCUGUCCUGUAUUUCUGGGAUUUUGUAACAGUUACCUGAAGGUAUGACUAAAGAAAACGAUAGCUUUUAAACUACAGUAACGGAAUUUUCCCUGUGCUUGCACGGAAUUUGUCAGAAUUAGGUUUAAAGAUUUUUAGGUUUCCAUAAUUUUCUGGUAUUAUUUAUUUGAAACCGUGUAAAUCAAAUAUCUGCACUAAUUUGCUGAUAAUUUUGUCUGACGAGUGCAUAGGAAACUGUUAUGGCUGAUCCUUAAUUGCGAUGAUCUUGACCUCAAAUCCAUUACCCUUGUGAGCACUGUCAAGAAAAUCAGUAGAUGUUGCAGCUUGUCGGAGGUGCUCUGAAAGCUGUGGUAAAUGGUUCCAGUAAUCAGCACUGACAUGAUGCUCUUUUCCAAUGCGUACCAUCUUCAGUCUUUUGUUUGUAAAUGACAAUUUCUGAACCUUUUUCAAGCAUGACUGAUUGGGGAAGAGACGUGGGCAUUUUUUCCUCCUCUUUUGCUGGAUAUCUUGAUUUUUGCCAGUGCUUAUUUCUUUGGGACACAACUAUGUGAGAAGCAGAGGUGAGAUGAAAAACAAAAUUAGAUAGAGCUGUGCUUGCUGAAGGACAUUACAGACAAAGGGCAAAAGGAGAUUUGGGUGCAGUCCAUCUGCAUUGAGUGAAGAACCAAGGAACUUUACUUGAGUGCACCAGGACAAUGAACCAGUCAGGACUAAUUGAGCCUGUCACACCUGAAAACAGUAGUUUUGGUAAUACGGUGAGUGUGUCCCUGAACCACUCAUGUCCUCUUGGUUGGGGACAGAAUGAGGGCAGGGAGACUUGCAUCGUAGAGACGGCUCUCAUUGUGCUGCUGACCGUGCUCAUUAUCGCUGGGAAUUUGACUGUCAUCUUUGUGUUUCAUUGUGCUCCUUUGCUGCACCACUACACCACCAGCUACUUUAUCCAGACUAUGGCCUACGCAGACCUUCUGGUGGGGCUGAGUUGCCUGGUGCCCACUUUCUCUUUGCUGCACUACCCAGCUGGUAUCCAGGAACCCCUCACAUGCCAAGUGUUCAGCUACGUCAUCUCAGUGUUGAAGAGUGUUUCUAUGGCUUGCCUGGCCUGCAUAAGUAUAGAUCGCUACCUGGCCAUUACUAAGCCCCUCUCCUACAACCAGCUGGUGACACCUUGCCGUUUGCGUUGCUGCAUCAUCCUGAUCUGGAUCUACUCUUGCAUUGUGUUCCUGCCAUCCUUCUUUGGUUGGGGGAAACCAGGAUACCAUGGGGACAUCUUUGAGUGGUGCGCUCAUUUCUGGCCGACCUCUGCUCUGUUUACCGGCUUUGUUGUGUGCCUGCUGUACGCUCCAGCGGCCCUUGUGGUCUGCUUCACCUACUUUCACAUCUUCCGCAUCUGUCAACAGCAUAAUCGGGAGAUCAGCGAGCGAAGGGCUCGUUUUCCCAGUCAGGAGAUGGAGGCUGGUGAGGGGGGACACCAUACAGGUCAUGGCCCUGACAGGCGCUACGCCAUGGUGCUCUUUCGCAUCACAAGUGUUUUCUACAUGCUCUGGCUUCCCUACAUCAUUUACUUUCUCCUGGAGAGCUCCCACAUCUUGGACAGCCCUGCUCUGUCUUUCAUCACCACCUGGUUAGCGAUCAGCAAUAGCUUCUGCAACUGCGUCAUCUACAGUCUGUCCAACAGCGUGUUCCGGCUCGGCAUGCGUAGGCUCUCGCAGACACUCUGUUCCUCCUGCUCUUUCAGCCCUUGUGCCCAUGAUGACAAGGACUUCAGAGAGCCAAAGCCUAGGAAGAGAGCCAACUCGUGUUCAAUCUGAAGAAGUUGUCAUGAGCUGCUAAAUACUAUAUCAAGGGACUAUUUCAAGGGAAGAGUUUUUAUGACUUGGAAGUUUUUGAAUUUGUGCAAUUAAUAAAAUGACCGAACGGUUCACCUUGUUGGGUUAAACUAGGUCUCAUCUAAACCACACACAGGUUGACUACCUGUCCUGUAAAUAAUAAAGCGGCAUCUGCCUUGAUAGUGUAUAUAUCACCAAAUGGCUGGUGGGUAUAACCUGGUUGGACAUUUUUUUUUGCCAAAUAUGCAAAGCCAGACGUAAAACGGCAUCACACCACCAUCACCACAAAAAAAAAAAAAAAAACAGUAAGGUGAAUUAGUUUGAGCCUGGUUGUUUUUACUGAUGUCUCUUUGUGGAUGCUACAUUGAUAUAGGUUAGAUUUUUAGAUUUUCAUGAGUAUAUUUUUUACAUUGAACUACAUCUGCUACCAAAAUGGCUGCUAUAUCAAGAGAACAUUGCUUAAGAACAAUGUUCAAAUAUGAACAUUUCAGUAAAUGUUUAAAGGAGUUAAAAAAACAAAAACAAAACAACAACAUUUGAGGCAUGUGACACGAUCACAGCAAAGCUUGGCAAAUUGAUCUUUGUUAGUGUUCUUAUUAUAGCACAGCACACCUCCAAUUGAGAUGGGCUUAAAUACAGUGACAGCAAAGACUAAUAUAAGGCUCCGAAUUGGGAUGUUUGAAUUGCAAGGUCAAACAAAAGGUGAAAGCAGUCAAUCCAAGCCACUGAUAUGCAUUCCAAAUGUCAUCCUUUUUUAAUAGAGAUGCUGAGUCAUUACAUACACACAAUAUUAUCAAUGCCUUUAGUAGUCGUGAAAUGUACCUUAGUUCCCAGUGGUGGUAUAUCUUGGCAGUAUGUAAUUAAACUUGCUCACCUGCAGUGGCUCUGUGACCCUCUGAAAACCACACAACGCCGCAAACUCAACAUAUUUUUUUUCUGUUUAAUCAGCAUAAGGUUCAGUUGAAGUGCACAUUUCCUGGUAUGCAAGCAAGUCAUUUUGUUUGCACCUGUGAUUUUCAGUACUUAUAUUUGUCCGUGCCUCAGAUAUAUGAAGAAUUGAACUUUGUGUAAUAAAUUUUUAUAAAAAUUACUUUUAUACAGUAGGACACUUUUUUUUUUUUUUUUUUUCCCCCAUAAUUGUUUCAUCAAGCAUAACCUUGCUUGUCCUUUGCCAGCUUUUAUAUGUUCAUAAAUUUAUUUUUAAAUUAUACUGAGGGUGCAAAAUAAAUAGAAAAUAUGGUGACAUAUCAACAAAUAUCGUUAAUCACAUCAUUUCAUAUGAUUUAUUCUGUACAUUUGUUCAUUUAUUUGCAUUCAGAUGUUUGGCUUCAUUGUGUAAUCUGGGAAAAAAAAUCCUGUGUGAUUUUGUUGUUCUUUUUUUUUUCCCCUCUCCCAUAUUAAUUUACCCAUUUCACCAUCAAUUUUUGUGAUUUUCAUGUUUUUCAGUACACAACAUGUGUAAAUUGAAUACUUCUAAACAUUCAGUUCAAGUACUCAUAUUCCAUAUUUGGACUGAUUAAGGUAAACCACACAUUGAUUGUUAAAAGAUUUCUUCCAAUUUAAAAAUAAGGGACUUUGUGAACUGUUAGGAAAUCUCUGUGAAAUGUGCUGGUGGGUGUGUAUUUAUUUAAGUGAUAUAUUGACAAUUCCAUGAAAAACUGUUGCUGAUUUCUUGUCAGUUUGCACUUGUCCUUAAUUUGUGGAUGAAUGUCUCAAGUUGUAAAAUAAAUAUAGUCGACUUCACUCUUUAUAUCACAGAGAACGACUAGCCUAGUUGAUGUCUACACAAAAAGUUGAUGAGACAAAAAGCACAAAACUGUGUAGUGAGUGCAAUACUACAUGGAUGUGCAUUUAAAAUUUAAAUAUUUAAACAAUAAAUUAUCUAUCUAUUUAUUUAUUUAUUUAUUUUGCAACAUCCACACGGAUAUGAUCGCUGGUAAAUUGGAGUAUAUAUAUGUGUGUGUGUGUGUAGCUGUAUUUGUAUUGCUGUACAGCUGGUGUAGGUUAUCUACUGAAAUCGUAUGAUUAUCUAGCGAUGGCACAUUCCAUAGUGUAAGUGCAACAAAAUUACUCAUGUUAAUUUAACUGUUUUUUUUUAAUUUUGUUUUGUUUUGUUUUUUUGCUCUUGUUUUUUUUACUUCUGGGUUUUUUUUGUUAAGCAAAACAAAAAAUUAUACAGUAUAUAUUUUUUUAUUUUGGAGGUUUUGUGGGAAACUAUGGUUUUCUGUUUCUGCCAGUAAAAUAAAAGUGAACAGAGAAUACUUGCCCUCCUGUGACUGGACAUUAUUACUUUUAAAACUCUCCACUUUGAAGAGUUUAUGACCUCCGUGCCCUCACUUUUUAUUCUUUCGUCCACCAAAUGAAUGUCAAUAACAGUUGAAUAACAUUAUCAUAAUUGUGCUUCUGUCAGUGAGAUAAUAACUUGGCAUUGUGAGAAUCCUAAUUAGGCCUGAGACUCUGUGCUUAGGAUUUCCUCCGUGCUGUAACCCCUGCACUUCUGUUUCUGCCCAUCAUUCAAAAAUGAAUGCAUCUUGUUUUUCAGUUGUCCGUCAUGCUUUUGUGCUGAGGCUGGUCAGAUUUGACAUGAACAGUGGAUAGAUUCUUAAUGAAAAACACAACUACAAAACAGUACAAUGACAAACUCGCUUAUAUUAAACAUAGAACUUUUGAAAUCAAAUCUUAUGCCAUCGUUUUGAUGCUAAAAUUCAUGCUAAAUGAAAUCUGACUCCUGAUGAUCUGUGCUGUGACUCUGACUCAUUCAGCUCAUGGUGAAUUGAGCAGAUGCGAUCAGGUUUUAAUUGUAGCGUCCAUUCUCUAACUGAACCAAAUUAUUUUUAUUUGCUAUAAAAAGGCAAAACGACAGUGGGGGCGGUGCUGCAGUGGACAAGUGAUGUGAUCGGUGUGCGGCUGGAACACCGUCUAUCGCAGUGAGCCUAACGGUGGCUGACUUUGACUGUCUGAUCCCAGAACAGCUUUUCUGCUCUGCUGUCCUGACUGGCUCCUGCAAAGGUUAUGGCUUCCCAUCAAAAAGGAAAUUAGAGCUGUGCAGUUAGAGGAAAUUAAAUGACUUUUUUUUUUUUUUAAAUCUAAUGAGCACAUCAAAUGUUUCCAUGAUCAUGGGAGUCUUUUUAGACCUCAGGACCCACAUGAAUAAACCAUGAGCGUUUUCAGUGGCCACUCACUGUAUGUCUGAGGCCAUGCACUGCUUCAGGCAGCAUUUGACCUUACCGUGCCUACACUUUGUUAUAUGACUUUAAAACUGGUGAGCACUGUGCAACUACCCACUGCAUUCUCGAGAAAUUGCAUUUCAGCAGUAUGUAAUAGCUUCAGGACUGGUAGUCAUGUCGAAGUGUCCUGAUAUUUCUGUGUAGGGCCACUUAGCAGCAUAGUGGAGUAAAGUGGUCUAGUUUGAGCCCCUGAAAGCCUGCUGUCCUCUGCUGACAUUGAAGUUAAUGUAUGCCUCAUCACAAGCAUAGGCUUCAGAUCAGUCAUUAAAGAUGUGCUGGUUGCAACAUCGUAAAACAAACCCUGGGAUAAUAUAUAUCAUGCUACUUAAACGUCCAAAGACCAGACAAAUGAAAAGCUAGUAAUAAAAAUGUGUUAACAUUCACAGAGGAACUCUUAGAUAAUAUUAGAAGUUUAUCCUUGGAGUAAAUCAUAAGCAAGAGCCUGAAUAUUCACAGCAAAAAUGUAUCAACCACAUACCAUUUCUGUAGUACAAGCCAAUAGAAGUAGGCUAUAUGCAAAUAGCAAUCACACUAGCGCAUAAUAAUAAUAACAAAUAAUGAAGUAGAUAUGGUGUAAUGCCACUUUUUCUUUUCAAUACUGUGGUUGAUGCUGUAAACUUGGGUUGAUAUCAGCAGAUAUCAACAACCAUACUAAAUUUUUUUUCUUUAAAAAUUAAAUUUUUUAUAUAUAUUUUUUUUUAAAUUGAAGCACUUACAAAAGACAGGAAAAAACACAUGACUUGCACGAAGCUGCAGCUUCCACACCAAUAUAAUAAAGUAUAAAUAUCAAUCCUAACAAUAUCAUGCAAUCAGGCCUCUUUAUAUGUCUUGAAUAAAGAUUAUAAUUCCAACCCGCAUGUAAACAUUCUCAAUUAUAAUGGAUUUGGGUUCAACCCAAUGAGUUUGGAUGCAAACCGGUGUGUUGUGAGAUGGUAGAGGACAUUAAAAGCCUCAUAUACUGCAGUUCCUCUGCUCUAAUGAAGGUACAUUCUAUC